CUGAAACAUAAUUCUACAAUCUGGAGGCAAAUUUGAUCUCAAAAAACUAAAAAAAAGAUCUUUUGUGUACAAAAAUGGAGCCUAUGGAAGCAAAAAUCCAAGACAUGCAAAACCAGGAGCAGCUGAUAUUGAUUUUACAAGUGGUGAGUAGUUAAGUGGUGACUCUUGACUCCGAAGCUAUUGUGUCUUAAUUAGUGUAAGGAGGCUGUAGGCCUUUUGAAGAACCGCCAGAAAGCGCAAUGAGCAGCCGAGGGUCCCCUUUGAACUGUUUUUUUGUCGGUGUUUUAAUGACAGACAGGACGUCAGUUGGUGUCUCGUCUUCACCCAAACGGAAAACUGAUACAGCCAGGCUGGCUUAUUUGAUCAUGAUAUCUCAGUGUGAUGGCAAAAGUAAACUCGCCAGAGCCACAAAUUAGCUUGUGACAAACUCAUCCCUCACCGUUGCCGGGGUGACAGCAUCCGAGUACGUGCCGUAGCCUGGCAACAGUGGCUCAACAAAAGGCUCGCAGCGCGCGGGCUGAUUUGCCUGGCUGGGUUCAAGAUGAGCAGACCCGGCAGCAGCAUGGAUGAAAGAGGGGUCAACCAAAAUGGAGACCCGGGAGGUCAUCUGUCUGCGUGUGCUGCUAAUAACCACACCGCAGCAGUGAGUCCACAAACAAGGCUGCUGUCCGCCUUCCAGACAGACACUCACGCCAGGAAAGUUUACCUGGCAGGGAGAGAGUAUUACGGCGAGGAAGGGAAGACCUGUGAACUGCUUCUUGUUGGGAAAAUAAAGCAGCAGUUGAGCAUCGAUCCCACUUUUUCUCCAGAGUAUCCACCUUCUCUUGGUUUGACAGAAUUCACCCGCCGAGCCACAGAGGUUGCUUUGGGGAAAAGCUCUCAGGCUGUGAUGGAGAACCGGGUGUUAGGUGUCCAGACUCCUGGCUUUACUGCUGCUGUGCGUCUUGGCGCUGAACUCUUGAAACACUGGUUUGAUGCCUGUGCUGCUUGGAGUGGGAUGGUCUACCUCUCUUCCCCAUGUGAUGACUCGUUGGCUGGUAUCUUCCAGGCAGCAGGGAUCCAAGAUAUCCGUGCGUAUUAUUACUGGGAUGACAGGCAGCGCUGCGUUUGUUUGCAUAAGCUUCUGGAGGAUCUGGAGGGAGCUCCGGAGCAAAGUGUUGUCGUUCUGUCAGCAUCUGCCCACCACCCGACCGGAGCAGACCUCUCUCAGAAUCAGUGGGCUGUGAUUACACAGCUCAUCAUGAGGCGUAGGCUUUUCCCUUUCCUCUUGCUGCCUGCCCAGGGACUCUGCUAUGGGGAUUUAGAGCGGGAUGCCUGGCCUGUGCAGUACUGUGCAUCGCAGGGGAUGGAGCUCCUCUGCGCCCAGUCGUUUUCCCACUGCUUUGGACUAUAUGGUGAGGCUGUUGGACACCUGCUGUGCGUCUUAAAGCACAACUCCCUCCGGUUAUCUGUGCAAGCUGACAAAAUAGUGAGAUCGCUGUGGGCCCAGCCGUCUGUAGGAGGAGCCCAAGUUGUUGCCACAGUGCUGAGUAACCCAGGCCACCUUGCCGAAUGGCAGGGAGAAGUCAAGCGCAUAGUGGAGAGAUGUAUGCUGAUCAGGCACAUUUUGAGAGAAAGGCUGAGGCUUCUGGGGACUCCAGGUUGCUGGGACCACCUGACUCAACAAGGUGGACUCUACUGCUGUACAGGUCUGACUGAUCAGCAGGUAGACUUUCUGUCAAAGAGGAGGCACGUGUACCUGCUCCCGGGAGGCUGUUUAAACAUCAGUGCGAUCAACGGGCGUAAUUUGGACUACAUAACCGAGUCCAUCCAUCUGGCUCUAACCGCUUCACUCUGACCAUGUGGCUUUUGACCAAGAUCUGAAAUCUCCAUCAAAGAGGCUUUUCAGCCUGACUGAACCUUUCAUUUAAAUGUUCAUUUUCAGGUUUACUGUAAUCGCUAUCGCUUGUCCAACUAUUGCAAAGUAAAGGGUGUUAAAGACACAGAAAAGUGAUUGCUACUGUAAAUGGACUUUGAUCAAACUUCAGGAGAAUACAGGAUGAAAUCACAUGUCCUGAGUAUGCAGCACUCAGUAGCUGUAUUCACUGAUGAAACAAGUACUAAUCAAUAGAUUUUUUUACUUAAAAGUAGCAGCACCAUAGCAGCACUAAAGGUCCCGAAUUCAGGAAAGUAAAAGCCAAAGACAUUUAUUUAAAAUAUCAAAAGUUAAAGUUAAU